GCGCACUGACCAAGAUUCACAUUGCGUUUCGAGCUGUAAAUAAGCAGUUGACGUUUGAGAAAUUCAGUUCACUUUCAUUUGUCAGCCUCCACGUACAACGCGCUUGCAGACAUGGCGAUCGGAACGAACGAUAUUGUUGCAAAAGCAGAAGAUAUUGCGGACCAGGUGUUAAGAUAUAAAAGCGUUUUACCCACUAUAGCACGCUUGUGUCUUAUUUCUACAUUCCUUGAAGAUGGCUUACGCAUGUGGUUCCAAUGGAAUGAGCAGAAAGAUUAUAUGGAUAUGUCAUGGGGUUGCGGAAAAUUCUUGGCAACACUUUUUGUGCUCAUUAAUCUUCUUGGACAACUUGGAGGAUGUGUGAUGGUUUUGGGCCGCUAUAAGGUGGCCUACGCCUGUGGUGUUUUGUUUUUCAUUGUUGUACUGCAGACUUUUGCGUACAGUAUCCUGUGGGAUCUCCAGUUCUUGUUCCGUAACUUGGCUCUUAUUGGUGCACUUCUGUUAGUGCUAGCGGAGAGCAGAGUAGAAUCAAGAAGUUUAUUUGCUGGUGUUCCAUCUCUGGGUGACAACAAGCCCAAAAAUUAUCUUCAAUUGACGGGACGUAUUCUUAUAGCGUUUAUGUUUAUUACUCUACUACGUUUUGAAAUUUCAUUCCUGCAGAUUGUUCAAGAUAUUUUGGGCUCUGUGUUGAUGGUCCUUGUUACAAUUGGAUACAAGACAAAAUUGUCAGCCCUGAUUCUUGUCCUGCUCCUCUCUCUGCUCAAUGUGUACCACAACGCAUGGUGGACAAUUCCCGCUCACAGACCACUCAGAGAUUUCUUGAAAUAUGACUUUUUCCAGACACUUUCUGUCAUUGGUGGUCUUCUGAUGAUCGUAUCCCUGGGACCCGGUGGAGUGUCCAUGGAUGAGCACAAAAAGAAGUGGUGAGAAGUGUGUUGUUUUGCAAGGAAAAACUGUUCUAGAGUUUUUGGUGUGGCUACAACACAGAACUGAGUUAUAUAUUAAAGUAAAGAGUGUUGUCAGGCAUAUGCAGAUUGCCAACUUGUCAGCAAAAAGUACCUACUGUCUCCCUUCCAUUUCAUCUUUCUGUUGUUUGUGAUAAACUGACUUAAGUUGAAUGUUUUCCUCCUUGAAUCAAAGAGGAAUCGAAUGACUGUGACAUAAUGUGUGCAAUGUGUAAAUAAUGACUAGAUCCUUUAUGGUGGAGAUCUGAAUUACAGGCAUCACUUAAAAAUGAAAGCAGCAUAUUUUUGCCUGUUUUUAGGCUCUCUGGAAAGUUAUACUCAAGCACAGCGAUCUGUACAAAAAGCACCAAGGCUAGAAUGAAAGAGCUGUGUGAAUUUUAAUUAUUUUAAGAUGUUAAUUGUGACAAAUUAAAGGGAAUUUCUUCAUCCUGGUAGUGUUGGAGAUUGUAAAUCAUAUAUGUGGGACAAGUGCUGAAAGUAGCAAAUUUCUUAUAUAUUUUAUGCCAUUUGAGAAAGCAAGUGUUGUGGCUCUAUAUUUUUUAUUUCUGUUAAAGGUAAGAGAAGAAGUUAGAUUUGGGUGAACAUUUUUGUUCCUAGCUUUGUCAAGUUGCUUAUUUGCAUGUGUUGUCAAUUAAAAAUUUCACCCCAGAAUCAUUUGCUCCUCUGUUAGUAGUACUGGGUCAAAGUUUAUGUUCAGAAAAAAUCAUUGAUAUCUGCUACCUGUAUGAGGAUGUCCCUGGUAUAAAUCAUCAUGAAUUACACAAGCUGUUAUGGUAUUGAUCAACUUUGUUACUGAAGGUUUUUUAAAAACUGCUCUGAUUUUAUGUUGAGACUCUGGGUCAGGUAAUGUUGUGAAGAGGGUUUAUGUAAAUGUUUCUUCUGGGCUCUCAAUUUCAUUAUGAGUUAUGCCCUGUAUCUGUUUUGGGGCUUCUAUCCUCUUUUGUCGUAAGCCUUGGAUGGCGGUUCUGUGUACUUUAAAAUUUCUAAUCUAUCCUUUUAGUGUUUUCUUGAAUUUUUUGUCCAUGGUUACCUGAUGGUUAGUCACAUUUGCAUCAGACUCAAAUGUUGUUCAAGACUGACCGAACUGUAUUCAAAGUAAUGGAAAUAAAACUUUAGCUGCCUCUA